CCAUAGUAAUGGAUUAGAAAUUGGUCUGCUGAAAUGCAUAACCUGCAUCUGUUAUCAGUUUUAACGAGAUUACUUUGGAUGCAGUGUAUAUUGGUGAUGUAAACCUAUGGAGUUAAUGAAGAUAACAUCAAGUCGCUGCAGCUGUCAAGGCAUUUACACAAAUAUUCGAGUCACCAAACAGUACAAAAACAAACUAGACUUAUGGCACACAUGGAUGCUCUGGUUGCCCUUUUUGUAAUGCUGACAGGAUGCGAAGACAGGGACAGCCAAUAGGAGAGCCUGGGAAGCUACGCGACAAUUUCACAGUGUAUGAUGGGCACUAAUUUAAAUGAUUGAUCAGAUAAUUCGAGGCCUACGAGAAGGAACCAAUUUUGUUAUAUUAAAGUAAGAAGAAGCGAUAGCCUAUAUACAUAUGCAUACAUUUGUUCGUUCUCAGUAAAGAGAAAACGACAUCGAGUUCAGCUGGAUUUGAAAAAGAACACCAUGCCAGACAAAGCAGCAGAAAACCAGAAGUCGACCUCUGCGCGAGUUUCCUCGUUUUCUAUUGAGAAUUUGCUGGGAUCAAACCGAAAAGAAAGCAAAAAGGAGAAGAAUCGGGAGCGUGUAGACGAUUGCAGCAAAGAGAAGCGUUUUCACAACGCAGUGGCAGUCAGCCAUUGCAGUCGGAUUUGCUAUCAUGUCUCGAACGCAGCGUUCAGUACAAAGAACCAUCCUCUCAGGGCAAAUCCAGCGGAAUGGUACAGAAGAGAGUCACAAAACUUUACACAAUACGAAGAGACUGAGAGUCCAAAAGAGGAGACUCAUAAUUUUGAAGAUCCGUGUUAUUCACUGACAGCAAGUGACCGGGACUCCCCAUUAAUAUCUGAACCCGCAGACGGGCAAGAAGAAGCAGAGAGAAAACAAGAUGACAGCGUGGACGAUGAAAAGGAGGGCGAUGUACUGCAAAGUUAUGAUGGCGAUCAGGAAACCCCAGAGCAGAAAUCUGCUCGUAAGAAAAAAACUCGAACAGUCUUCAGCAGGAGUCAAGUUUUCCAGCUGGAAUCGACCUUUGACAUGAAGAGAUACCUGAGCAGCUCCGAAAGAGCGGGGCUGGCGGCGUCGUUGCAUCUCACUGAGACCCAGGUCAAAAUCUGGUUCCAGAACAGGAGAAACAAGUGGAAAAGACAACUUGCAGCGGACUUGGAAGCUGCGAAUCUUUCCCAUUCCGGUCAAAGGAUUGUCAGAGUUCCCAUUUUAUAUCAUGAAAACUCUAGUCCCGCUACACUGGGUUUCAAUGUGCCUCAAGUGUCACCUCCAUUGGUUGGCUUUUCUAGUUCUGUGAAUUAUCCCCUUUCAGCAUUCCCCCACUCUAUGGCUUUUCUACGGUCACAAAUUACAGGUCUUGUAUAAAAAAAUUAAAACUUUAAAAAGCUCCACCUUCUAAUUUGGUUAUUUUUAGUUUUGAAUCUGAAACGUGCUAUAAAUAACUUUUGCAUAUUAAUGCAAGUAAAUGGUGCUGCGCACCCAAAGGAAAACACAACAGGAUGCUAAAACAAACUAAUGUGUUAAGGAUGAAUUUAAGCAAUAUAUUCAAACAAUCUGUAUCAUUAUUAAUAUAAAUCAUUAAUUCAUUUCUAUAUAUUUUUAUUUUAUUUUUGUAACAUUAUGCAAUACUUAUAUCAGGCACGUUAUAUGGUUGUAUUCUAAUCAGCUUGGGGGGUGUAUAAAAUUAAUUUUAUUAAAAAAAAAAGUUAUAUAUUGUUUUCAAUACAUCUCUAUUAUUAAAAAUGAAAGUUGCAAUAAAAUAAAUGAAAUGAAA